AGACGGGGCCGGAAGCCCAAGCAAGUGGCGCGCGCUGGGCGCGAGCCUGGCCAACUAGAGGCGAGGAAGCUGGCGCGGUUUUCUUCCUGCAACAUUUUCCCUAGCCUCGCGUUCGGUGGGCGGGAGGGACGCUUCUCUGCAGAUAAAGCGCUGGAACGACGUCCGCAUCGCCAUUCCCCUACUGCAAUAACAGCCAGGUGAAAAACAUGGAAUCUGUCUCACCACAAAGCACCAAAUGGGCCCUAUGUUAUGCAAGGCAUAAAGCCUUCAGAGGAAAAACAUCCAGGUUAUUUUUCCUUGGCUCUCAAAGCUCUUCUGCCUGAAGUUCGCAUCUGUUUAGAGGCUGAGAUCCCACGUUGCUUGCACAGGAAGAUCAAGGAAUUGCUACGGAUGGAGCCAAGAAGGCAGUGUACCUUCCUCGGUUGCCAUAUCAGUGCUCUUGUGGCUUUUUGACAACUCUGUGACAGGCUGCCAAUGAACAAGGACUACGCAGUCUUGAACCCACUGGCUGAUAAGUAGCUCCUUUGACAUCAAAAUCAGUGGAGGUGCUCAAGGCUAGAUCGCGGGAAGAGUAGCGGCUGUCACUACGCAGGCUGUUGCGAGGGCUCUGCGAGCCGCUGGAGAGAGCAAGAUCCAGGCAGCCACAGGCGGGCGUGAGUGAAUUCCAUUCGCAUUCCCUUAGUUCUUCACAAGGAACUUCUUUCCCCUCCCUUCCUCUCUCUUCUCCCUCGGGUUCAACCUUUCCCGAGACCCUACACAGCGUUUGACAGAAUGGAGCCGGUUGCCAUUGGCCAGGGCGACGUUCCGUGGAGAAAGCUGCCGCUUCUGAUUGGCUAAAGCGCGGCACUCAAUACUCGUGCCUCACUUUUUUACAUACACAUUACCCCUCCCUUACUCUUGUAUCUCACCCACCCCUUCGCUCUUUUCUCUCUUUUUUUCUUUUCCUUGGGCCCGGGCAGCGCGCGCCCCGCCCAGCCUGUACCCCGUGCUAUAUAUAUACGGCGGCGUUGCAAACUGGGCUGAGCAGAGGCGGGUUGGGACUGGAGUGGCAGCUAGGGAGAGGAGAAGUGAUCAGCCAGCUAUAUUGCUUGGGUAGGUGGCGGCUGGAAUUUAUUCAUUUCAUUUUUUUUACACGAUUCUUAAUUUUCUGCGCCUGUCCUCCCCCCGCGCCUUUUGCAAACCCUGAGAUUGUGUGCAACCUUAGACAGACUCUCCAUUGCUUUGAUUUGCCCGCCGCUGCGUCGCCUCUUGUCUUGUUGCACUGCGGGUGGGAGCUGUUUGGCUCUGGUGCCCGAGGGCUUUGCCUGCCUGCCUUUCUUUUGUACCAUGAAAGCGGUCAGUCCCGUGCGGCACCCCAGCAGGAAGGCACUGGCUGGCGGCUGCUGUUGCGGAGGAGGUGGCGGCGGCGGCGGCGGCGGAGGUGGCGGCGAUCUGGCUCUGCGUUGCUUGGCCGAGCACGGCUGCUACAAGGCGAGCCCGUCGCCGGACGAGGAGCCGGCGGCGCUGUGUCUUCAGUGUGAUAUGAAUGACUGUUACAGCCGACUCAGGAAGCUGGUGCCCACCAUCCCGCCCAACAAGCGGGUCAGCAAAGUGGAGAUCCUGCAACAUGUCAUCGACUACAUCCUCGACCUGCAGCUGGCCCUGGAGACGCACCCGGCUCUCCUCCGGCAGCAGCAACAGCCGCCUCCCCUGCACCCGGCCAGCUACCCUGCAGGGCCUCCCAGGACCCCGCUCACGGCGCUCAACACCGACCCGGCUGGUGCUCUUAAUAAGACAGGGGACAGUAUUCUGUGCCGCUGAACUGCACUUUCAAGGUGUGCAGCAGGCAGAUCCUGAGCCAGAGAAGCAGAAAGAAAGACACAUUAGAGAGGGAGGGGGAAAAAUGUCAGCCACUGGGCAAAAGGAAAAAAAAUCAACUACUCCAGAAUUCUUUCCAUACUUCCUUAGAAAAAGAGAAAGAGUAUUUUUCACGACUUUGCACGUUCAUAGCAUUUUACACACGUCUCUUAACUCUUUUGUUUUAGAUCAGAUGUGAAUUGUACACUUGUCUGGGAGGGAGGGGAUUUAAAUCUUCAGCAUAAGUAUGGCUCUUCUGUUGAUAGAAGAUCAAGGGCAAAUCAGAGUUUAGAAGUUUAACUUUAACGCGCUGAGCAGCUGAAAUCUGAAGCUUUACUAAUCUACCAGAGGCAUUGUAGAUAACUUUUGUUUUGACAUCUAUUGUUUAAAAUAGAUGAUUUUAUUGUUUCCCCAGGGACUUUCUUCUCCCUGCAGGAAUGUUACAUAUUGUAUAGAUAAAAAUGAGUGACAUUUCAUACUAUGUAUAUAGAGAGAGGUUCUAUAAGUGUAAGUGAGAAAAGUAUAUGCUUUAAUAGACCUACUGUAAUUAUAAAAUAUUUUUAAUUAAAUAUUUUUUUGUAAAUAUUAUAAAGCUGUGUAUGUUUUUUUUUUAAAUCUGUGGGAAUAUUUCUUUAGGAACACUGUUUCUGGCUCAAAUGCAGAAGUGCUGAUAAUGAAAAUAUGUUGGAUGUCGAGGGAUGUCUCUGUUCCCUUCCUCCCCCUUUAGAUUCAGAAGCUACCGCUGUAGGUAGAGUUGGUCCUGCAUGAAUGCAUGAGAUGUCUAACCACAAAUAAACUUGUUCUGAGUCCAUACAGAUGUGUUUUUCUUUAAUCCGGAUUAAAAAGAUGUUUGUAUCAUACAGUUUUGAAACUACAUUUUUGUCUGUUAGGCACAGGGGGAUUUAUAUUACAGUGUAUGCAAAACAGCAUUGAGAUGUAAGAAUUUUGUUUGUUAUGAACUGAGAUUACUACUUUUUUCAAUGUGGGUACAAUGCUGAGGUAUAAUGAGAAUUUAUAAAAUCAUUUGUUGCCUAAAAAAAAUCACAAAACAUGGAAAACUUUUGUAACACCAAGAGGGAUGCUACCCUAGAAUUUUUAGCCCUGUGGCAUGUUACUUUGGAAAAAACAGUGAAAAAACAUUUUCUGCUUAUAACCAAAGGGCAAACUAUCAACAAAUGUGCAGCUGCUGUUUCUUUCAUCCAAAGACUAUUGAUACUGAAACUUGGAGGGUAGGGUGGGACAACAGGGAACAUUUCAGUCUAAUUACUGGGGUAAAUCAAUUUCAAAGAACUUACUUAGACCAAAAAAAGAAAGAAAAUCAGAUGACUGUAUCAAGAUUAUUUUUCUAAUAUACAGCAGCAUUCAUUUCAUUACAGCUCUGUUACAUCUGAAAAUCCUAUUUAGUCUCUGUUAUGUGUAACUUCUACAUGUAAACAUUAAACUAGAUU